AGGACGGGAGGAAGAAAAAUCUCCCCAUGCCACACGUUCAAUUUCUCUCUCUCUCUCUUUUAAAAACUUCUUUCCCUCUUCCCAGCCCCCGUUUCUCCUGGACUCCAGUGGAAGGGGGCAGAGCUCUGCAGCCUCCUAAACUCUGAUUUGCUGCAUUGGAUCUCGAUUGACAAUCUCUCGCAUCUGCUUUAAAAGAAGAAGGGAAGAAAAAAAAGUUUCCACUCCUCGAUUAGUCAGGGGAAGGGGGACAUCACUCGAGAGGGGAGCCCGAGAAGAAUCAGAUCAAGAGGAGGAGGAGAGACGGAAGGGAAGCGAAGAAGGACCUGCUAUACCAAGAAAGCAAGACAAGCCAAAGCAAAAAUACAGUAACAGAGAAAGUUCAGACCCUCAUCCUAGUUAAUACCAAUCAAACACAAACGUCCAACUCAUGGCUUUAUAAAAGUUGCUUCUUCUGGGGGGCGGGGGGGUCUGAGCCUUUUCCUUUGAUUUUUCUACCCCAGACCUAAGGUUGUGUGAGCAUUUGCUCAGUCCCCCCAAGCUGAUCCCCCUUUUAUUGUGGACCAUGGAUACACACACAAGGUGGAAAAGAAGAAGUUGGAUAAGGACCAAAACUAUAGCAAUAUUUCUCCUCUAUGCAAUUUCUCAAAGCAAAGCAGCUGAACCUGCAGAUCUCUUGAAGGUAUUAGAUUUUCAUAAUUUACCUGACGGUAUCACUAAAACAACAGGUUUUUGCACAAGCAGAAGAUCUUCAAAAGGCGCAGAUGUUGCUUUUCGAGUAACAAAAGAUGCUCAACUUAGUGCACCAACAAAGCAGUUAUAUCCUGCUUCAGCCUUUCCUGAGGACUUCUCCAUUCUGUCCACUGUAAAAGCCAAGAAAGGAGGUCAGUCCUUCUUGAUCUCCAUUUACAAUGAGCAAGGGAUCCAGCAGAUCGGCAUGGAGAUGGGUAGAUCUCCUGUAUUCCUGUACGAAGACCAUACCGGGAAGCCAGGCCCAGAAGACUAUCCUCUCUUUCGAGGCAUUAACCUAUCAGAUGGCAAGUGGCACAGAAUAGCCAUCAGUGUACAGAAGAAAAACGUCACUUUGAUUUUGGACUGUAAAAAGAAGGUAACUAAGUUCUUGGACAGAAGCGACCACCCCGUCAUUGAUGUCAACGGCAUCAUUGUGUUUGGAACCAGGAUACUGGAUGAGGAAGUCUUUGAGGGGGACAUCCAGCAGCUCCUGGUUGUGGCAGACCCCAGGGCAGCCUAUGAUUAUUGUGAACACUACAGCCCUGACUGUGACACAGCCAUUCCUGACACCCCCCAGUCUCAGGACCCGAACCAAGAUGAAUACUACACUGAGGGGGAUGGAGAAAGUGACACCUAUUAUUAUGAAUAUCCCUACUACGAGGACACCGAUGACACAGGAAAGGCAGAAGCACCCACUGCCAAGCCUGUUGAUGCUGAAGAAGCUGCUAGAGAGGUGACCGAAAUUAAAGAGGAGCUCACCUCUCCAACCACACAAGCACCUACAGUGGUGGAAAACAGGGAGGAGACAAAAGAGGAUGAGAAGGUUGAUGACCCCAUCGUGGAUGAAUAUAAUUAUGAAACCAUUAACGAGGAGUACUACACUCCCCUCCCUUACGAGGACCUCAACUAUGAGGAUAUUAUAGACACUCAGGAUACCCUUACUGAAGAUGCUGUCGAAGCAGAAGUCCCCGCCAGCACAGUCAUCACCCCCAACGUAACCAAUGCCGAGGUGGAAACAGGUCAAGGGGGAGACGACCAAGAUAAAGACUUUACUGAAGAAACAAUAAAAGAGUAUGAUGGGAAUUACUAUGAUACCUACUAUGACCGAACUGCCUCUCCUGAUAUUGGGCCAGGAAUGCCUGCUAACCAAGAAACAGAGUAUGAAGGGAUUGGUGGCCCACGAGGUGAGAAAGGACAGAAGGGAGAGCCUGCAAUAAUUGAACCGGGCAUGCUCAUCGAAGGGCCAUCCGGUCCCGAAGGCCCAGCUGGUCUUCCAGGACCUCCGGGAACUUCUGGGCCCGUGGGUCCACUGGGUGACCCCGGCGAGAGAGGACCUCCUGGCCGGCCAGGUCUUCCAGGAGCAGAUGGGUUACCAGGACCACCAGGGACAAUGCUCAUGCUGCCUUUCCGCUUUACUGGGGGAGGAGAUGGUGGCUCAAAAGGACCUCUCGUUUCAGCACAGGAAUCCCAAGCUCAAGCCAUACUGCAACAGGCCAGGUUGGCGUUGAGAGGACCUGCUGGCCCUAUGGGUCUUACUGGAAGACCAGGCCCCUUGGGACCCCCAGGCAGCGGAGGACUAAAAGGUGAACCAGGAGACCUGGGGCCUCAGGGUCCACGAGGCACUCAAGGCCCCCCAGGCCCAUCAGGAAAACCAGGCCGCAGGGGACGUGCUGGCAGCGAUGGUGCCCGGGGAAUGCCAGGGCAGACGGGACCAAAGGGUGACCGAGGUUUUGAUGGGUUGGCUGGUUUGCCUGGUGAGAAGGGGCACAGGGGUGAUCCAGGCCCAUCAGGUCCACCAGGAGCACCCGGAGAUGACGGGGAGAGGGGUGAUGAUGGAGAAGUUGGACCCAGAGGUCUACCUGGAGAACCUGGACCCCGAGGUUUGCUGGGACCAAAAGGGCCACCCGGUCCCUCAGGACCGCCGGGUGUAACUGGUAUGGAUGGACAAACAGGCCCAAAGGGGAAUGUGGGUCCUCAAGGUGAGCCGGGGCCACCCGGACAACAGGGCAAUCCAGGUGCUCAGGGUCUUCCAGGUCCACAGGGUGCAAUUGGUCCACCAGGCGAUAAAGGACCUCUGGGUAAACCUGGUCUUCCUGGCAUGCCCGGUGCAGACGGCCCUCCGGGUCAUCCUGGCAAAGAAGGUCCUCCUGGUGAGAAGGGGAGUCAGGGUCCAACUGGCCCUCAGGGCCCACUUGGAUAUCCAGGACCUCGUGGCGUCAAGGGGGCAGACGGUGUUCGUGGCUUGAAGGGCACCAAGGGUGAAAAGGGUGAAGAUGGCUUCCCUGGCUUCAAAGGUGACAUGGGCAUCAAGGGAGACCGGGGUGAAAUUGGUCCUCCCGGCCCACGAGGUGAAGAUGGGCCCGAAGGUCCUAAAGGUCGCGGAGGUCCUAAUGGAGAUCCAGGUCCUCUUGGUCCUUCUGGGGAAAAGGGAAAACUCGGAGUUCCAGGGCUCCCAGGUUAUCCAGGAAGGCAAGGUCCAAAGGGUUCAAUUGGAUUCCCAGGAUUCCCAGGAGCCAACGGAGAGAAGGGUGGAAGGGGUACGCCUGGCAAAUCAGGUCCAAGGGGGCAACGAGGUCCAACGGGUCCACGUGGUGAAAGAGGUCCGAGGGGCAGCACUGGAAAGCCUGGCCCUAAGGGCAACUCUGGUGGUGAUGGGCCCCCUGGUCCUCCUGGCGAAAGGGGACCGCCAGGACCUCAAGGACCAACUGGAUUUCCUGGACCAAAAGGCCCCCCUGGUCCACCAGGGAAGGAUGGAUUGCCCGGUCACCCCGGACAGAGAGGUGAAACUGGUUUCCAAGGCAAGACAGGUCCUCCAGGCCCUCCAGGUGUUGUUGGCCCGCAGGGUCCUACUGGAGAGACGGGUCCAAUGGGUGAGCGUGGGCAUCCAGGUCCACCGGGUCCACCAGGUGAGCAGGGUCUACCUGGCCUGGCUGGAAAGGAAGGAACCAAGGGUGACCCGGGUCCUGCCGGCCUUCCAGGAAAAGACGGCCCUCCUGGCUUACGAGGCUUCCCCGGUGAAAGAGGUCUCCCUGGCCCAGUUGGAGCUCUUGGGCUGAAAGGCAGUGAAGGUCCCCCUGGUCCACCAGGCCCAGCAGGUUCUCCAGGUGAGAGAGGUCCAGCUGGGUCAGCUGGCCCAAUUGGUUUACCAGGAAGGCCUGGACCCCAAGGACCUGCAGGACCUGCUGGUGAAAAGGGUGCCCCAGGUGAGAAAGGUCCGCAAGGCCCAGCCGGUCGUGAUGGUAUUCAAGGUCCAGUUGGACUCCCAGGCCCAGCAGGUCCUGUUGGCCCCCCAGGAGAAGACGGGGAUAAGGGCGAGAUUGGAGAACCAGGCCAGAAAGGAAGCAAGGGUGACAAAGGCGAACAGGGUCCACCAGGUCCUACUGGACCACAAGGUCCACUUGGUCAACCAGGUCCAGCUGGAGCUGAUGGGGAGCCAGGUCCAAGAGGACAACAAGGCCUCUUUGGUCAGAAAGGUGAUGAAGGUCCCAGAGGUUUCCCUGGUCCCCCAGGCCCAGUGGGCUUGCAGGGUUUGCCUGGACCGCCUGGUGAGAAGGGAGAAACAGGUGAUGUUGGACAAAUGGGCCCACCAGGUCCCCCUGGGCCCAGGGGUCCAUCUGGACCACCAGGAGCAGAUGGUCCACAAGGUCCUCCGGGUGGAAUAGGAAAUCCUGGAGCUGUCGGAGAGAAGGGUGAACCUGGUGAAUCUGGUGAGCCUGGUCUUCCUGGAGAGGGUGGUCCCCCGGGUCCUAAAGGAGAAAGAGGUGAAAAGGGAGAAGCAGGCCCCUCCGGUGCUGCUGGUCCUCCUGGCCCUAAAGGUCCACCAGGUGAUGAUGGACCUAAAGGUAGCCCUGGUCCAGUUGGUUUUCCUGGUGAUCCUGGCCCCCCUGGAGAACCUGGCCCGGCUGGUCAAGAUGGUCCCACAGGUGACAAAGGUGACGAUGGUGAACCUGGUCAGACUGGAUCUCCUGGCCCAACUGGAGAACCAGGCCCAUCAGGUCCCCCGGGGAAGAGGGGUCCUCCUGGUCCAGCAGGUCCUGAAGGAAGACAAGGAGAGAAAGGAGCCAAGGGUGAAUCUGGUCUGGAAGGACCUCCUGGGAAGACAGGUCCUGUUGGUCCCCAGGGAGCUCCAGGGAAACCUGGUCCCGAUGGCCUUCGAGGAAUUCCUGGCCCAGUGGGUGAACAAGGGCUCCCCGGUUCCCCAGGCCCCGAUGGUCCUCCGGGCCCACUGGGCCCACCUGGUUUACCUGGUCUUAAGGGAGAUUCGGGUCCUAAAGGUGAAAAGGGUCAUCCAGGUUUAAUUGGCCUCAUUGGGCCCCCUGGUGAGCAGGGAGAAAAGGGUGACAGAGGUCUCCCAGGACCCCAGGGUUCAUCCGGACCUAAAGGAGAGCAGGGUAUCAACGGUCCUUCUGGUCCAAUUGGACCUCCAGGUCCACCAGGAUUACCGGGUCCCCCUGGUCCAAAGGGUGCUAAAGGGUCAUCAGGUCCAACGGGUCCAAAGGGUGAAUCUGGCCAUCCAGGCCCACCAGGACCUCCUGGUCCUCCCGGGGAAGUGAUCCAGCCCCUGCCUAUCCAGUCCUCCAAGAGGACCAGGCGAAACAUUGACGCAAGCCAACUGGUUGAUGAGGGAAACACCGACAACUACAUGGAUUAUGCAGAUGGCAUGGAGGAGAUCUUUGGCUCCUUGAACUCUUUGAAACUGGAAAUUGAGCAAAUGAAGCAUCCGUUGGGCACUCAGCACAACCCAGCUCGAACCUGCAAGGAUUUGCAGCUUUGCCACCCUGACUUCCCAGAUGGUGAAUACUGGGUUGAUCCUAAUCAAGGGUGUUCAAGGGACUCUUUCAAAGUUUACUGUAACUUCACAGCUGGUGGAGAGACCUGUAUCUUCCCUGAUAAGAAAUCUGAAGGAGCUAGAAUUACUUCUUGGCCAAAGGAAACCCCGGGCUCCUGGUUCAGUGAAUUCAAGCGCGGUAAACUGCUUUCCUAUGUGGAUUCGGACGGCAAUCCCAUCGGAGUGGUGCAGAUGACUUUCCUGAGGCUCUUGAGCGCCUCCGCAAACCAGAACAUCACCUAUAAUUGCUACCAGUCUGUAGCAUGGCAGGAUGCCACCACGGGCAGCUACGACAAAGCCAUCCGCUUCCUGGGCUCCAACGACGAGGAGAUGUCCUACGACAACAACCCUUACAUAAGGGCUGUCCUAGACGGUUGUGCAACAAAGAAAGGCUAUCAAAAGACUGUCCUGGAGAUCAACACACCCAAAGUAGAGCAAGUGCCUAUCGUUGACAUCAUGUUCAAUGACUUCGGAGAAGCGUCACAGAAAUUUGGAUUCGAGGUGGGACCAGCUUGCUUCAUGGGCUAAGAGCCACCUGAAAACUAGUCUCCAAAUGAGCAACCUCGUAACCUCAUUGCGCCAUUUUUUAAAAAAAAUGUUGUCACAUGCACGUUCUGAAACUGGACAGUGAUGGGUUUUUUUGGUUUUUUUUGGUUUUGUUUCUUGUUUUACCUGAGUUCAACUGUGCCACUGCAUCCACACUUACCGAAUCCAACUCAAAGGGAGAGAGAACCAUUCCCACAACAGGCUCAGAAUCACAUGACCUAAACACACCACAUGUGGCAAAACAACCUUCCAAACAUGUCAAGGGCUACAGUACAUUUUUCUGCAUGCUCCUUUUCACGGCCACCGAUGGACUCAACUUCCUCCACUCGAAUGUACAGAAAUUAGAACAAAUCAAAGACUUUCUUGCCAUGAAACUACAGCAAGUUCUUGUUUAUGGAUUUUUUUUUUAAUUUUUUUUUAAAGAAAAAAACUUGAAACUAUGUAUUCAACUUGACCUUGAAAUCAUGUGAGAAUUCUGGGCCUGAUCCAGUCCCCAUUGAAGUCAAGGAGAGUCUUUUUGUUGAUUUCAGUGGGCUUUGGAUCAAGCCCAUAAAUUAGACUUAAAUGGUCAUUUCCAGAAUGUUUGGUUUCUCCAUUUAAUUAUUUUCACAAAAAUUAACAACCCAGAUCAGUGAAUUUGAUAGUGUAAAGUCACUCUGUGCAUCUCCUUACCAUGUAUUAAAGGUGCUUAUAUUUUUGUAUGUUUGUAAGUAAAUAUUUGUAUUGUAUAUUAUUUUAAAUGUUAAAUGUUGCUGGCUUCAAAACAUGCAUGUGACCCUGUCUGCAGUAAAAGAACAACCUUUCUCACCAGCACCCCACACAAACAAUAAAUCUAGAAAGGGUGGCAGUUAAGGUUAUUUCCAUUGUUUGUGUCCAAGUCAAGGCUCUUGCCCACACUUACAGCACAUUCUUAAGCAUGUCAGUAACCAACGGAACUACUCGGGCUUAAAGUUAAGCAUGUUAAUAAGUGUUAGCAGGAUCAGGGCCCAAAGUAGCAGCGAUCAGUCAACACCCACACACAUGCAAAUGAAUUUCAAGAUCAUUUUAAAAGUCACACAGCUUGGAUGGAAAAGUUUUGAUGCAAAAUUAAAUAUAUAUUUUGUGCCACUUUCUAACAGCCCGGUUUGUAAAACCCUGAUUUGGAAAAUCAGAGCCCCAUCUGGUUCUUUGCCUUUUUGUACACUCGCCUUAAUUUUUUUUUUCUUUCUUGUUUUAAUUCCAUUCCAAAUGGCAGAUUGCACAUGGCAGGGAAAUCCGCUUUCCCUCUCCCCCCCCUUAAAAAUAAAAUUAAAAAAAAAAAAGGUGCUUUUUAUUUUUACAUUUCUCUUUGUGGUGCUAUCUAUUUUACUAACUAAUACAACACUGGUGAUCCCCUGCCAUUGACCAAUCUCCCAGCAUGCUUUGCUUUAGCCACUUUCAACACAGACUGCAAACGUUUGCUACAGUCUUUGAUAUAAAUGCAUGCUACCCUCAUAUUCGUUAUGUAGAUGAGAUGCUUCUUUUCUUUAAGUGUAUUAUGGUAGCUUAUAUGGCCCAUGUAGAAAGUAUUAAAUGUGCUUACUUGGUUUGUUAUUUUUUUUAAGAAUAUCCAUACACUUUAUAUGGUGGUAAUUAUGCCAGAUUGUACUCAGUCGCUGAAUUUUUGUGGUGCUAAUUUAUGUAUUUGUUCAAUGUACUGAAGUGAAGAUGAAACUGCCCAAUUGUCUUUCUUGUUUGCUGCCUCAGCUGUAAUUGCCUACAAAACAGCUCAGAGAGCAAAAGAGAGAGAGGAGAAUGUGCAAAUUUCCUUUGUCUUCCCACAUGGCCGGCAGGAAGGCUUUUCACGUAGCAUUGGGCAAUUCAGAUUGCAACAUGCAGAUAGAUUGGUUUUCCCCAACUGUUUUCUCGUUUGGGUCACAGCUGGAAAAUAAAUAUUGCAGGUUAUUAUUUGGCCUGGAGUACUGCAGUGUGCUUCAACCAAGGGGGUGUAUCAUGGUAAAGGAAAUGACAUCACAUUUACUGUGAAUAGAAGCCUAUAUAUGAUGUCCUUUCCCCUCCUAAGCAAAGGAAAGCAAGAUUUGAUCAAAGGGAGGUGAGCAAAGCAUUCUGAGAGACCUUCAGUCAUCCGCAGUGCUAGGGGAAUAAACAAGAAGCUGUGACAUGGCAAUGGGUUGCGGUGCUUUUCAUUCCGUGAGAGCCGGUGUAAACGUAUCCUUGUUUUUUUCCAGUUAGGAAUAAAAGGUGCUAUCCAAGGAAAUCACAUAGAAAAACAGCAAGGCAGUGCAAUCACAUAUAUGUAUUAUAGAUCAGAAUUCAGAUUCCAAUUGAACAAGUGGGAAUCUCAAAACUGUUGCACAUUCAUCUCUGCAAUAAAAAAAGCCAUAUGGAGUUACACACACAUGUGAUGAUGUCUAGGUCAUGUGAUUCGGUUAUGAAUUCUCCUCAAGGGAGCUUUUUUUAUUUCAUUUCUUUGCUUUUUCUUAAAUUCCUCUGUUGAAUACUACAAAGUGUUGUAAUUGUACUGAAGUUCCAAACUCUUCCAAUUUUCCCCUGACCACUUAGCUAUGGUAUAUUGCAAUAAAAUUACUUCUUGUAUUUGCAGACCUUCUUUUUGUGUAAUUUUAUUUCCCCCACCCUUUAAUAAUAUAUAUGACUUGAACAAAUGUUGAUAAGAAAAAUAAAACCUAUGGAAAAAAAAAGUUUUUAGUGCAUAAGGCCCUUUUUUAAAAAUAUACUGUCAAAUGACACCUUGUACAUUUCUUCAAAGUCCAAUAAACAUGUCAUAAAAUUUCAGUGUAAUGCCCAUAAGAGGUAUUUUUAAAUAUUUUAAACCUGUGUAAUAAAGGAAUAAAUGUAAUAGAUUUUUUCAAUAAAUCAAGUUUACUGUUUCCACCUAA